AAAAUCUACAUCUGGAUUCUUGACUCAACUUCAUCUAUCUGAAUUUGUUUGAUAAGUGACUAAAAUCUGGCAUCAGCAAAGUUUACGAAGUUGCCGUUAUUUUUGGAACACGAAUCUAUUUUGUCUGAAUUUCAGACUGUACAUGAAAAGAUCUAAAUAUAGAUCUGAGUCUUUACUUAUUUCAUAGCUGGACUGUGGAGUCUAUAGACAUAACUUUUGAUUCGACGUGUAGAUGAUCAUUAGACACAAGAUUUAGAUCUCUAGAACUGGUGCAAUGGCUGCUGCUUUAAGAGCUUUAUCUUCAAGUGCCAGAAAGUUUUCAUGUUCUGCAGUGAAACAAAGUCAGAUUAUACAACAGGAAGGAAUCCCUGGAUCUAACCUUCCAUUUGAUAUUCACAACAAAAAGAAACUGACAGCUGUCUUCAUACUUUACUUCAGUAGUGGUUUGACUGUACCAUUUCUCAUUCUUAGACACACUCUGUUACAGAAAUAUUCAUCACCCAAUGCAAUCUCCAAGCCAACCAGUACUACUAUUAAACCCUUGUAUGAUGGGGAUGAAGCAGAGCUUGAGAAUGGAGUUAUCAUCUAAAAUAAUGCUGUUUGUUUAUUAACAACUAUUUUUAAUUUCUAUUUCACAGUUUGUAGUUAUUUAUUAAUUAGAUUACUUUAACUUUAUUAAACUGGCUGUUUAUUUGGUUCA